UCCGCCUUCGUGUGAGCAAAGCGUCCGGCGGCGCGAGACUGUCGCUCGGGCCGAGCCGCCGCCAUGGAGACGCUGUUCCGGCUGCCCUUCGCCGUCCUCGAGUGCCCCAACAUCAAGCUGAAGCGGCCGGGAUGGGUUCACAUGCCCUCCGCCAUGACCGUCUACGCGCUGGUGGUGGUGUCGUACUUCCUCAUCACCGGAGGAAUUAUCUACGAUGUGAUCGUGGAGCCCCCCAGCGUGGGCUCGAUGACGGAUGAACAUGGGCAUCAGCGGCCGGUGGCCUUCUUGGCCUACAGAGUAAAUGGACAAUAUAUAAUGGAAGGGCUCGCAUCUAGCUUCCUGUUCACAAUGGGUGGCUUAGGCUUCAUAAUUUUGGAUCGAUCCAAUGCACCAAAUAUCCCCAAGCUGAAUAGGUUUCUCCUGCUCUUCAUUGGAUUUGUCAGCGUGCUUUUGAGCUUCUUCAUGGCCAGAGUUUUCAUGAGGAUGAAAUUACCGGGCUACUUGAUGGGUUAAUACCUCUCGUGAUGUGUGAAAAGCCCAAGGUGUGUUUACUCCUCUUCCUGAAGUGUUUAAGCAGCAGCAGCAGCAAGAAACAAAUUCCAUAGUCACUACCAACAGGAGACAAACCUGAACACGAGAAGCAUCUGAAGAGAGUGCCCUCUGCAACCACUCUUUCACUACCAAUGGCUGAUUUGUCAUUUUAAAACAGCAUUGGAUCAUUUCUGUUGUAGAGCUUUUGAAAGGAGAAAGUUACUUAGUUGUGUUGUUUUCCUUCUUUAAUUUCCAAUGAAGCAGAGAACCUGUCUUCAGCUCUGCCUUGAAAUGAGUAUUGCCCAUUGGUUUUCCAGUUCUGUGUUGCAAGGUCUGUCCCCUCUUCCCUGUGUGGGAGAAUUGUGUGAAUUAGACAAGAAACACCCGAAACAUGUUUUUCCAACUUAAAAUCUGACAAUAAAUAACUUUGGAUGCUUUACGGUCCAAAUGCAACGUGUCUGAAAUGAUUUCAAAGGCACCUUUUGCCUUAUUAUUAAUGGCUUUGUAUGAGCAAUUCCAGACGUUCCCUGGGAGAGGCAAACUGUAUGAAUGUGCUUUUGUUUUUAAAAGAGUGUGUGAAAGAAGCCAAAUAAAACUUAUUUUCUAUGAA